GCAAAAUACAUGUAUUUAGGUCUAUAACCAGCCUUUUUAAGUAAGAGCUUAAAAGGACAUGACAGUUUUAUUUUUAUUUAUUUAUUUUGACCCUAACUAGAUUUUAUUCGUCAUGAUCUAAAGGAAAGAAAUUACAUUGAUCUGGCAAUCUUUUUGUUGAGAAUACAUUUAUAAAGUUCUGUUGUGCAUAAGGACAUGUCAGUUUAAAUUAUUUUGUUCACUGCCCAAGAGUCACAUAGAGGAGUACACUUUCCGCAUAGUUGUACUUUUUUUACUCUCUUCCACCAAAUAACUGUUCGGUAUUUAAUGGGCCUUGUUUCCUUAGCUGCUCUGGAACUGCCCCAUGAGUUGCCCAGCAGCUUCCCGUUUGAGAAGCACACAGCUGUGGCUUCCCCAAAUGGCCUUUCUUUGAAAAGUUUUUGAGAUGAUGGAAGAAAAGUUGCUAUAGUUGUCACAAAGUUGAAAGUGGAAAUGGGAGGUUUACCAUUUUAGGCCUCAUUUCAAGAACAGUCAAGACUAGAAAUGACCUCAGGUAGACAGCUCUUGAGGCGAGGCUCGCUGAGGAAGGUAGCCGUGUCAGAAGUUUGGAUCUCCUCCUUGGGGAGGAGAUCCCAGUAGCGGGCUGUUAAGUGUUCAGGGAGGAAAAGAGGCUGGUCAAAGUGCCUCUAUAUCUUGAACAUUUUUAGAAAGAGAUAGAUAGGAGCUUUUGACUUCUUUCUUCAGUCUCUCUAGAUUUCUUUUUCCCUUCUUUGUCUUUAACGUUAGUUUCUCCCUGUACCUUCCUGUGCCUCUGUUACUGGGCUCUUUUUGGUAACAUUAUUUUGUGUCUUCCAUUCCACUCCUCAUCCCUUCGAAGGUCUAAGGAAAAAAAACUUGUCCCCUGGUGCCGUGGAGUCCGAUGUGCGAGGAAUAACUGGGGUUGAUCUGUUUGGAACGACAGAUGCGGUGGUGAAGCACGUGCUGGAGGGUCAUGAUCGUGGCGUAAACUGGGCUGCCUUCCACCCCACUAUGCCCCUUAUUGUAUCUGGGGCAGAUGACCGUCAAGUGAAGAUCUGGCGCAUGAAUGAGUCAAAGGCAUGGGAGGUUGACACCUGCCGUGGUCAUUACAACAACGUGUCUUGUGCUGUCUUCCACCCUCGCCAAGAGCUGAUCCUUAGCAAUUCUGAGGACAAGAGUAUCCGAGUCUGGGAUAUGUCCAAGCGGACUGGGGUUCAGACCUUCCGCAGGGACCACGAUCGUUUCUGGGUCCUAGCUGCCCACCCCAAUCUGAACCUCUUUGCAGCAGGCCAUGACGGUGGCAUGAUUGUGUUUAAACUGGAACGGGAACGGCCAGCCUAUGCUGUUCAUGGCAAUAUGCUCCAUUAUGUCAAGGACAGAUUCUUACGUCAGUUGGAUUUCAACAGCUCCAAAGAUGUAGCUGUGAUGCAGUUGCGGAGUGGUUCCAAGUUUCCGGUGUUCAAUAUGUCAUACAAUCCAGCAGAAAAUGCAGUCCUACUGUGUACGAGAGCCAGCAAUUUAGAGAACAGUACCUAUGACCUGUACACCAUCCCCAAGGAUGCAGACUCCCAGAAUCCUGACGCUCCUGAAGGGAAACGAUCCUCGGGCCUGACAGCCGUUUGGGUUGCUAGAAAUCGGUUUGCUGUCCUAGAUCGGAUGCAUUCGCUCCUGAUCAAGAAUCUGAAGAAUGAGAUCACCAAAAAGGUGCAAGUGCCCAACUGUGAUGAGAUCUUUUAUGCUGGCACGGGCAGCCUCCUGCUUCGAGAUGCAGAAUCCAUCACGCUCUUUGAUGUUCAGCAGAAGCGGACUCUGGCCUCUGUGAAGAUUUCUAAGGUGAAAUAUGUUAUCUGGUCAGCAGACAUGUCCCACGUAGCACUACUGGCCAAACAUGAGCACUCAUGCCCUUUGCCUCUUACAGCCAUUGUGAUCUGUAACCGCAAACUGGAGGCUCUGUGUAACAUUCAUGAGAACAUUCGCGUCAAGAGUGGGGCCUGGGAUGAGAGUGGGGUAUUUAUCUAUACCACAAGCAACCACAUCAAAUAUGCCGUCACCACUGGGUAAGUGAAUCAUCUGAUAACACAGA